UCGCUUAGCCAUGACUGAAAGAUGUCAAAGGAGGUUUACAGAGAAAUUUGAUCAUCAAAUUAAUAUUGUUUACGUAGGAGCUAUCAUAGGAUCGCUAGCAGUAUUAUAUUUCUACAGAUUUCACUUCGCAACGAUUGCGUUUAGCUAUGUUCUGGGAUGUGUGGCUUGUUACUACGGGCUAAAAUCGCAUAUUCUGCAUAAAUAUGUGGAACAACUGAAGUGCCAUUUCGUUAAGAAUCCUAGAAUAAUCGAACUUCAAGACGACCCUGUCAAAGUUUGUGAAACAUGUGGGUCUACGAAAUGUUCCCGGCAUGAUAGCUCAAUUACUGCUGAGCCCUGGGUGGGGCUGCAGAUACAUAAACAGCUAGACCAGGCAAUAGAAGACUUCUACAACGCAAUCCUGGACCAGUUCAUAAAUACGUGGUACAACAGGGUGACAUUGCAGCCCUUCUUUGUAGACGAGUUAAGACAUCAGCUCAGAUACGCCUCUGCCUGCCUGUUAAGAAGAGCUAUUAAGAUAAACUACUCCCGCUUCAUAACAGAGCGCCUAGUUCCGUGUGCAUUACGGCACUACACACUAUGCGCAUGCGGCGAUGGCCCGCCGGAAGGCAAACUGAGUAUACACCCGGCGGCGGCAAGCAGACGCGCUGAAUUAAGAUACUUGAGAGCUAUCACUAAUGCCAUUAUGCCAUAUUUGCUGAAGAACAAUGAGUUGCAGAACUCCGUAUUUCGCGUCCUAAUACGCGAAAUAUUCGCCGGCUGGGUGCUCCUGUCCCUGACAGACGUGCUGGCCGACCCGCAUAUCCUGAACACACUCAUCGUCCUCGCAACAGGAAACGAGACGAUGGCGCAACUCCCCACUUCGCCUAACUACAAGGUAGAGUUCCUAGAAACGUUUGUCCGUCAUACGGACUCCGUGUACGCCCAACGCGCGAAGCUCCUCCACAUAGACCUGGACUUGGUGAUCAACGACCAGGAAUACUUCUACGCCUUCAUGCAGUUCAUAAAGACCACCAGCCAUAUACAUUUGCUGCAAUUUUAUAAAGACAUCAAUUUCUCUGUGGCCGCUGAAUAA